CUCGGGAGGUUGGAUUAGCCACAAGUUGUUGUGAACCAGGGUAAAAUUUGGUGUGCCUCUUACUCUUCUCUUUACUUUUCUUUUAUUUAUUUUUAAUUCUUGCGAAUUCUUAAUCAAACGCUAUUCACCCCCCCUCUAGCGUUGGUAUAUUAUUCUAACAAUUGGUAUCAGAGACUAACUCGCGUCCAAACUUAACCGUUUGAGAGUAAAGCGAUCAUGGGUUCUUCUUCUAGAAAUCUCUAUGCAGGAAUUGGAGAAGGUCAAUCAACUUCUAGGCCACCACUUUUUGAUGGCACCAACUACUGCUAUUGGAAGGAACGGAUAAGAAUCUAUAUCCGUUCCACCAACUUCCAAUUAUGGUUGGUGAUCAAAAACGAUGAAGAAAUCCCCAUGAAGAAAGUGGGAGAAACCACGGUCCCAAAGACCGAGAACGAAUUUGAUGCCGAGGACAUCAAGAAGAUUGAGAAUUAUGCAAAGGCCAUCAAUAUGCUAUAUUGUACCGAUCAAGUGCGUGAAGCCAAGAUCGAUUUUCUCACCCAAGAGUAUGAAAUGUUUCGAAUGAAGGAAGGUGAGAAAAUCGACGACAUGUUUGAUCGUUUCUCAAAAAUCAUAAACGAUUUUCAUGCUCUUAAGAAGACGUACACCAACGUCACCAUCGACGGGCUAAGAGGUAAUCUUAAAACCUAUGAAUCUAUUAUUCUAACCCCGUCUUUGGAUGAACAAAAGAAAAAGGGGAUAGCUCUCAAAGCCACCAAGAAACCGGUGGAAGACGUUUCAAGCGAUGACGACAACGAAUUUGGACUCGUCAUCAAGAAGUUCCACAAGUUCAUGAAGAAGGAAUUUGAGCGGAAGGGAAGGAAGCACGACGGUCCUCCCAAGUGCUACGGCUGUGGCGAAGGUGUCCAAAAGCCAAACACGACAAGGAUAAGCCCGACUUCAAGAAGCAAAGGGCUUACAUCUCUUGGGGUGGCGAUUCCGAUGACGAAUCAACCGACCAAGAGGAGGACAAAGCUGCAAAUCUUUGCCUCAAGGCACACGAAGAUCAAAACGACGACGUCCAAGAGGUAUGUACCAUUUCUUCCGACUCUUAUACUUUUGAAGAAAUGCAAGAAGCACUUCAUGAACUUUAUGAAGAAUUUUUUAGCGCUUCUAAAACAAAUAAAUCCUUGAAGAAACGUAUUUCCUCACUUGAAAACGAUUUUGAAAAAUUGGAAAAAGAGAAUGAAAAACUUAAACAAGAAAACAAAUUUUUUGGAAAAAGAAGCGCUGACAAACCGGAAAGUUCCUCAAGUGAAUGUGAGUCUUGUAAAACUUUAAAAGAACAAGUCACUAAACUUGAGAGCACAAUCAAGAAAUUUAAUACUCCUCAAAAAGACUUAAAUUUACUUCUUGACACUAUGCAUUUUUCUAAGGAAGGAAUAGGUUUCAACACAAAUGAAGCUAAGGAAAAUGU